ACGAGCUGUAGCUGGGUUGUUGGGACAAAAGGGGGAUAGAUGAUCGGCUAAUUAACAAUAAUAUUUGCCUUACCAGGCUGAACGCUCAACACGCUCAACGCCAAAGGUGUGUGUUUUCGACGCAGUCCAAGAUGCUGGCUUGUACGGAGAUGAUAACCAUGUGCCUGCAGUCGGCCAAACGCAAGCAUCUACUGGCUCAACAGCAACCGCUGCAGAUUACAGGACAAGGGCUUCCGAUUUUCCAUGAUAUUUUCCGCCGUGCAGACAAAAAUGACGACGGCAAGCUGACGUUUGAGGAGUUCAACACCUACUUUGCAGACAGCAUCCUAACCACCGAGGAGCUCCAGGAGCUCUUCUGCUCCAUCGAUGGACGACAGAACGACAACCUUGACACUGAGAAACUCUCAGAUUACUUUGCUCAACACCUCGGGGGGUAUGUUAACGUCCUUUCCGCCCUGGAGAGCCUCAACAUCGCCAUUCUCAAAGCCAUGGAUAAAACUAAAGAGGAGUACCAGGGGGCCAGUGUGCUGGGACAGUUUGUCACCCGCUUCAUGCUGCGGGAGACCUCCAGCCAGCUGCUGUCCCUGCAGAGGUCCCUGCAGUAUGCCAUGGAGGCCGUGGAGGAGCAGAGCUGCCCCCAACCGGGGAAGGAGGUGGAGGCGCCAGCAGUGGCGGUGGUCCAGAAGGUGGGCCGGCGUUGUGGACGACGCGCUCACGAGAACCGCCUCUCCUCACCAGGGGACCAAGCCCCCUCCCUGACCACAGGUGUGAGUGAGGACGGUGAGGAGAACUGGUGUUCUCAAAUCAGCAGGCUGCAGCAACUGUUGGACAAGUUGGAGUGUCAGAGUCCCAAGUUGGAGCCACUAAAAGAAGACUCAUUGGCCGGCACGUACAAAUCUAACCUCCUGCUGGUCCAAAGGCAGGUGACGGUGGCUGAGGAGGAUCUGGAGGACUUCCAGAAGGCCCUGAAGAGCUACUCCGACGCCACUGCGGCCCACAGCGACAACCUGCACAUGUCCGUUCAGAAGCUACCGGAGAAGUCCUGUUACAUAAUGUAUGAGUUCUGGCAGGACCGCAUCUCCUGGAUGAGCUACCUGCAGUCCAACAGUAGUAAAGACUUCCAGCGCUGCGUCAUCCAGAUGCUUGUGGGUCCAGAGGUAGUGGCCACCAUGCUGGUCCCAGCUUCCUGGUGGAUAAUGACCAACAACAAUGACAACAUAAAUUGAGCCCAGAAUUGUACCCACUGCCCACACUUAGGACUGGACCAUCAAACACACACACACACACACACACACACACACACACACACACACACACACACACACACACACACACACACACACACACACACACACACACACACACACACACACACAUACACUUUCAUCUUGUCCUUUUACACACACACCCAAAACCCACACUUUUCUUUCUUGUCUUUGUGCAUAUACACACAAACAAUCACAAACACACACACACACACACACACACACACACAUACACAUAGACACACACACACACACACACACACACACACACACACACACACACACACACACACACACACACACACACACACACACACAUACACACACACUCACUCGCAUGCAUUAAAAUAAUAGAUGAGAGCGUUUGCCUAACUAGCUACUAUGUGUUUGAAAGCUGCAUGUGGCAGAGUGGCUCGACGGCGCCCUCCCCAGCUGCAGCCCCCGCCUGCUGCUGCUGUCACACAGAGGGGAGGGGCCGCAGCUGCAGCCUGGUCCAUCUGCACUCUCUCAGCACACGACCUCUCUCAACGCAACGCUAAACAAGCCUGAACAACACCAACGCUUUCCCAGCAUUUCCCUCAUAAUCCCCUUUUUAACCCCUUUGUCUUUCUUUACUUCUCCGUUCAUGCACUUUAGUUCAUAGAAGGUUAGUGGAAACACAAGAGUGGAAGCGGACUAACGUUGAUCUAAGGGGUGUGUGGGUGUUGGUGUGUGUGUGUGGGUGUGUGUGUGUGUGUGUGUGUGUGUGCGCUAGAGGUAUUAUGGGGUGUGUGUGUGUGUGUGUGCCGAUGUUGGCGUGGCAUGCCAGCGUUUCACGUCUUUGCAUUCGCAUUGUCAUAUGAUGGAACAUUCAUUCAUUUAUUUUUUAUCUAGGUACCCUGAUGUGACGUGAUUGAUGCAACAAAAAAAAUGCUUGUUUUGAUAUGCCACAAGCCCUGCCCAGAUAUCUUAUUUAUAGCUCAGUGUAAUCGUAGACUAUCAGCUCUUUACCUUCGUCCUAGUUCUUUAGAAGUCAAAUUAACAUGGGAGAGAUGUGGUUGCAUCCCUCUGUUGAAAGUGAAAAAUAAUUGAUCUAUUUUCAGUGUAUUGUAUUUAAUAUUCACACAUAGUCGUGUGUAUCUUCGCUAUUUAUAUAAGCUCACUCAUGCUGAUAUUUACGUUGUGAUUUUUGUUUGGUAAAAUAACUUUCUCACUGACUGUAAAAAAUAUAAGUAACUUUAAUAAA